AUGUCGGUAAACGCGACGAAGAUGCCUGCGCCUCGCGCCAAGACCGCCCCACGCUUCAAGGGCCGGAACGUCAAGGACUUCCUGUUCGAGCUGGAGGCCAUAGCGGACAAUGUCGGCGCGAAACGUGAAGAUCUUCCCAAGUGUGUACUCUCGUACUGUGACUCGGACAUCCGCAACCGUCUCGCUGGCGAACCUGUCUUCAAGGGGACCGACUGGGCCGCGGCCAAGGCGCUCCUCCACUCCAUCUUCCGUUUCCGCGACUCUGCCGCGCGUUAUCCGCCCCAGCGCCUUCGGUCAUUCGCGGCGAAGAGUCGGAAGAAGCAAACUGUCGACUCCGAAGAGGCUCUCAGCGAGUACCGCCUUGACUUCAUGAAGUACAGUGGGACCCUAGUCGAAGAAAGUCUCCUCGAGCGGAAGGAACAUGACUACCUGUUCUUCAUCGGCCUGCCAGACUCUCUCCGUGGUUCGAUCGGGCCCACCCUGAAGACCGUCGUCCACACGCGUACGGGUGAGAAGUUCGAACCCCGGACGAACCCUGCUUCCGUCGCGGAGGUUUGCGCAGCAGUCACGGAGUACUACGAAUCCUGUGGGAUCGACGCCUACCGUCGCCGUCGCAAGCGUGUUGCACCCGACUCGGACAGCUCCAGCUCUGAUAGCGAGACCGAUUCUUCGGACUCAGACGCCGCACCAUACUCCUCGGGGGACGACACUGCCUCACCUCCGAAGCGCAAGGGCAAGAAGAAGACGCGUCGCGACAGGCUCUCGUCCUACUCGGACUCCGAGGUCCGCUCUGGACGUCGUGGCCACAAGUCCACGCGCAAGGAGGUGAAGGCGCUUCGCUUGCAACUCGAGCUACUCAAAAAGCAGACGUCCGUGCCGCCGCACACCGAUCCGAGCCUGCUGGCUCCUCCUGCCGGUUCCUCUCAGGGCGUAGUAUACGCGGGGGUGCACAAUGCCGGGCCAGCCCUCAACCCGUUCACGGAUACGACGGGUAAUCGGACACGGGUUCGACGGACGAGCGAAGACGGGCAGGGAAACGCGAUGGGAGAAAAGCAGAGUGAAAUGUACUACUUCUUCACUGGGUGUGCUCUGUGA